AUGUGGCUCGUCGAGAUGUCCGUGGCCGGGCAGAGCGUCGCCGCGGGCAGCGACGGCUGCGUCGCCUGGCGCCGCACGCCCUGGCUCGGCGCCGAGGCCGCGCGCGGCGGCUCCCGCCCGCUCCGACGCGCGCUCCAGCUGUGCAGCCUGGACAAGCAGCGGAGCCUGGCGGUGAACAAGACCGGAGCCUACGUCAGCGUUCUGGAGGGCGUGGUGGUGACAACCGCCGUCGAGAACAAGCAUUUCUUCAGGAAGGGAAUCCUUGGGGACUGGAGGAACCACAUGACACCGGAGAUGGCAGCAAGGCUGGAUGGCAUCGUCGAGGAGGCACUCAAGGGAUCAGGAUUUAAUUUUGGGUGCACCAAUACAAGUAAUUAG